AUGCAUCUGUUGCCUAUUAAAUUGCUGGUGAUCGUCACGUUGAUCACAUCUGUGCAAGGAAAGAACCUGCCAAAGAAAACCAGGAGAAGACCUCUUUUCCUGGUGUCUGGCAGCCAGCAGAGGAAAGAGAAUGGGAGUGAGCUGGGGAUAGUUGAACUCAGCCUGAUCUCACACCUUGAAGAGUUGCCUGAAGCCUCCACUGUGUUAGAAGGUGUAACUCGGGGCCAGACAAACAAACAAAUGACUCAGAAAACUGAGCAAAGCCAAGUGCUGCCAAUGAGUUCUCCUGCAAAGGAGAGUGCCAGAGGAAGUCUGGGUGACAUAAAGAGAAAGGAAAGUCCAACAGCCUCAGACGAUGCUUUUGGGGUGCAGUCCAGAAGCACUCCUCCAGAUCCGAAAUUCGCCAAGAAGUUUUGGAAUCACUUCCUGGUCAGAAGAGGAUCAGCUCUCCAGGACCUGAUAUUACCCAUGAAAGCUGACGAAAUGCAACAAGAGACAUGUGCCCAUGCUCUUUCCUGUACCAGGCUCAUCAACAUGUUGGAUGACAUUGAGGGAGAAGGACUUGGUGUAUCUGUUCCAGGCCUCUCUGAGAGUGUUAUGGAUGAUGUUGUGCUACUGAUGGACUCACCUGGGGAUCCUUCUGCGGUGCAACCGCCAUGUUGA